CAGCAGCAGUAUCAUAGGCAGCAGAUGCCCGGUGGCCAGCUGCCAGCCAGCUACAACAGUCGUGAGAACUUUAACAUAAUCGAGAAUCCCAACGUGACCGAUUUAGAUGUGAACAAUUUCAACGGUCGGCAACAGCAGCAGCAGCAGCAACAACAGCAGUCUCAGCUGCUUUUGCGAGAUAAUGUAUCCAAUGGGCAAAAAGUGAGGAACCAUCACCAUCAUCAUCACCACCAUCAAGGUAAUCAACAGCAGCUGCAGCAGCACGCAGGAGCCACACACAACUCAAACCACCGAGGAGCGUACUUGACCGCAUCCGAGAACGAACCACUGCUCGGAGCCGCCAGUGCGAACGGUGGUGGCAGUGUGAUUGGCAAUGCUGUCAUCAAACCGAUACAGCAAAUUCAGCAAAUUCCAAAGUACGAACCACCGCGCUAUGCCACAAGCUCCUCGGUGUUUCCGCAUAGCGUCGCUGGUCAAAGCUGCUAUGGCUAUGUGGUAGCGCACGCUGUAAACCCUUCUGUUCAGGCAUCUCAACCACCACCACCAGUAGUGCGACAUCAGUCACAACAGCCAUACCACCAUCAAUAUCUUCAACAACAACAACAACAACAACAGCAACGGCAAAUAGCUGGUGGUUUGCUUAAGCAAUACAUCAAACCACUCCCAAAGCUUCCCUCAGCGACGGCCACGUCUUCCGCCGUGUUCGACGAAUGCCGUGAGAUGUCAUCAACGGACGACCUGAGUUCGCGUCCCCGUUCGCCCUCGGUCAGCUCAUCGGAUGAGAGCUACUCAAAGACGACCGAAGGAGAGGGUGAUUUCGAGGGUGACGUUGGCCCUUCGUCGCCUGUUACUGCCGCGGGUGGAGCACUGUUUGCCCGGGAGGACGUCAACAAUCCACUACAGUUUCUGUUUCCCUGCGACAUCCAGAUUGAUCCAACCCAGUCCAACUCGCCGCGACUCAGUCCGCUCGAGUUCGGUCAGCUGCGAGACUUCGAGGGAACGACCACGACGACAGCUGAAACGAAGUCUUCGUCUGCGCAAAACCGGGGUGAGUCGUGCACUAGUUUCGAGUAUCAUGAGAAGGGUGUAAUCGGCGCAGCCGGUGGGACAACCUCCAAUGUGAGUGCCGGUCCGGGAGCUUUUCCGAAAUCUCCCUUCGAGAGGGAACUGCACCGGCGGAUGAACGAAUCACAGUCGCGGCCCAUGCUAGCACAACCCACCACUGUUCCGCUAGUUGGAUCAACACCUACAAACCUACCACCAUCGAUCGUUGGAUCGGGGACGAACAAUCUUUCUACUGCUGGCCCUUGGGAGGGCCACCAUGCGCUUAAUAGUUUAGAGUGUGCUGGCAGAGCUUUCGAGAGGCACGAGGACUCACUGGAAAGGAAGAAAAAUGUCAACAAUAUCCUCAUCGCCAAGCAUCCGGGAACGCUAGAAGCGAUCAAGGAGGCAACGCGUAACAAGAACCCUUCGGAAUCGAGUCAAAUGCAAACUUCCGAUACGGAAUCUUGCGAGGUGAUCCAGGACUACGAGAUGAAUGGGCUCCAUCGAUUGAGCGAGUUGCAGUCCCGGUUACAGCAGCAGCAAAUGCCACUUCAAGAGCACCAAAUAUCUCAACAGCAGCGCCACCAUCACCAGAAGUACAAUGUUUCAAAUAAGUCACAGUCCAACGAAACCACCACCUCCAAUCCUGAGCUGGUCCAAUCGGAUGAGCUGCACCACGCGGGUGAGAAGUUCGGCUAUCGGCACCGUGAACAUCGCGAAACCGAUCCGGACGAAGAUGAGGACGAGGAAGAGGACGAAGAACUCGAGGCAGGUGAUGAAGACUACGACGAUGAUGAUGACGAGGAUGACGACGAUGACGAUGAGGAGGCAUUCGCUGAUUGUAACCGACCGGGAAAAGGGCAACGGCAGCAACGGGCCGCCAUCCGGCAGCGCCCACUGGAGCGCAGGGAGCGGCGAGCCAGCAGCUCAGAAGCUACUGGCGGCGGUGGUGGGCCGGCAGCGUCACGCAACUACAUCACUGACGAACUCAAGUACGGUUCCGGGCUUGGAAAAGGUGGCGUUGACGGACGCGAUAACAGCCACAGUUCGCACCACAAUCAUCAGUCGCUCGACUCGAAUCCGGUCGAGAGCCAAUCGGAGUGGAGCGACGACGAAUGCCGUGAGGAAGCUACGGGUGGUGCUGAGAGUACCGGUUAUAUUACCGAUGAACCGGGACUGGAGAACAUCUCUCUGCUGAACGAGGCCGGACUGACCGAUGCCGAAGGGGCUCUAUCGGACGUGAACUCUCUGUACAAUGCGCCUGAUGUCGAUGAUACGUCCAUCUCGUCACGCGCCAGCAGCCGUCUGCUAAGUCUCGACUCGCUGAGCGGACUCUACGACUGUGAUCUAGAUUCGAAGCACGAAUUGGCGAUCGUGAGUGCAUCGCACAAAAUCACCAGCAAAUUCGGCCCUCUCGGAUGAGAGUUACGAGGCGGCGCAACCACGACGGGCUCGCAGCGUUCGGUAGUGGUACCGCCGCCUUCGGCUACACCGCCUCCACCGCCACUACCUUCAUCCUCAUCGCCGCCAACAACGCCUACAACACCACCGCCUCCAGCGUCAACUUCACCACCGUCCCCGAGCCGGGCGGGUUACCUCAUCCAGUAAACGGGCUGAACAUCGGAUACUCCACUUUUUUCGUGAAUCUCGUACCGAAGAUAUUUGACGCAUAUUAUAAACAGCAACGAAUUUGACCCCUCCAGUGUGAAGUUAGGGGUUGUAUUCUUUUGGGUUUUGCGCAGGCGCUAAUUUAUUAGUCUUAGGUGUGUUCUACGGUUUCUUUUCCAACCGCGGGAUGCGGGAUGCUAAAUAUUAUUAUAAGUAAAUUCAA